AUGGUGCUCGUCUCCUUCCUCCAGCCAUGCACUCAGCUCCUCCUUUUGCCCAUCCAGGUACUUGCCUGCCUGGGCUUAUGGGACUCCUGUAAGAAAAUCUUUCCGUAUAUCACGGCCAAGGCAUCACCCAUCUACAACCCUAAGGUCUACAAGCAGAAAAAAGAGCUGCUCAGUGACUUUAGGGAAUCUGCAGGCCCUUCAGGCCAGCUCACGCUGCUGGAAAUCGGCACAGGCACAGGCAUCAAUUUCCAGUUCUAUCCACCCAGCUGCCGGGUGAUGUGCACUGACCCUAAUCCCAAUUUCAGAAAGUUCCUCCUCAAGAGCCUCUCGGAGAACCGGCACCUUAAGCUUCAACAUUCAGUGGUUGCUUCUGGCGAGGAUCUACUGCGUCCCAUACUGGAGGGCAGCACGGACGCGGUGCGGUGCGCCUUGGUGCUGUGCUCCGUGACCAGCACCAAGAACAUCCCGACGGAAGCUUUGCGAGUGCUCAGACUGGGUGGAGCUUUCUAUUUCUUGGAGCACGUGGCUGCAGAUCGUUCCAGUUGGAACCACUUUUGGCAAAAGGUCUGUGACCCAGGCUGGAGGUAUUUUGGAGACGAGUGCUCCUUGAGCAGAGAGACACAGAAGGAGCCGGAGAAAACUGAUUUCUCAGAACUGAAUUUGUGGAGCAUUCGUGUCACACCUUCAACUCCUACUAGUCCUCAUCUCAUUAGGUAUGUGACUCGGCUCACUGGGAGCAGAGCAACGAAGCGCCAGCGGCUGCCCUGCACUGCUGCCGAGCCCUUCGCAGAAGCAGCGGCGACCGCAAAGCUGAAGAAGUUUCACAGAAAUGCGUUUGGCAGAGAACGGACCGUUCACUGUGGAACUUCGGAAGUGAAUAAACCCAAGCCAUGUACUGUACACAGCGACUCUUGGAUUAAUAAAUUGCUUUAUCUCUGUUCCACGAUUCCCACCAAAGGUCUGAAAGCUAACGAAGAAAAGCAAGCUCGUUCACUGCAAAGGAGCCCAUACGUGCACGCCAAGGUGUUUUAG